AUGUUUUCGGGUUGUGGAAGCGGAAAUCGAAAUACUUCGGAGUUCAGUUCCUCAAAAUAUUGUAGAAGUGAGGAUUGCUUAACAGCCAUAUCAAUGCAGGAGACAAAUUCAGACAAAACGUUACAUAACGAUUCGAUGCUGUCGAUGAGCAGCGCUGUUGGUAUCACUCAUGAAUCGAGUGAGAAUACUAGCAUCGACAGCUCGACAAAUUUAAGUACCAAAUUGUCAUCAUUUUCAGCACAAAGCACCCAUGAAGAACUCGAUUCCAAACUACAUUACCCUUUAAGAGAGGAAAUGAAUGUAACUGAAAUUGAUGGCUAUGAUAUUUUUGCAAACAAAAUGAUGACACGUUUGAUUGAUAACUUACGAGCCAAGCAUCUCCAUCAAGAUGAUGCUCGGGUGAUCCUUAUGAGACGUGGUGAAACUGUUUCUGAAGUUUUCCCCAAUUGGAUAGUGAAAGCCUUUGACGACUCCAACCUCUACGUGCCAUAUGAUCUUAAUAUGCCUGACACAUUGCGAAGAUGUGAAAGGCAUGAUAAUUUUUUGAUCGAUCCACCAUUAACAAACGUCAGCGCACAUUUCGCAGCUAAAACUGGCUUUGCCAUGACUCAAAACUUGCCAACAAUGGUUUAUUCAGCACCGGAAAUGGCAGUGCUGCAAACUGCUCGACAAUUUAUAAAUGGUGCUGGAAUCUUUAUGAACUGCUUGGUCGAGCCAGGACUUGUUAGAUACUUCUCACCUUAUGAAUCGAGACCAAUUUUCACAGUCCAACUUCAACAAAAGACUAUAUAUACGAUUGAAGACAUUAAUAGCAUUAUUGGGAAAGAAACGUUCGAUGAAUUUGAAAACAGAAUUGCGAAGGUUGUCUCAAAACUCCAAUUUCCACAUAAAGCAAGCACUGUUCUGAUUGCUGAAGAUUGUGUCAUCAAUGCCAUUGUGCAGAAAUUCAUUCGUAAUGGAAAUAAGCUAACCACAAAACAGCACUCGACAAUAAACCAACGGAUUCCCCGACUUUCUUUGAUGCAUUUCGAUAUUGAUAGUAACGGAAAAUGGAGACCAAGUUCUGCAUCACUACCUGGUUUACAAGGUGUUACACAUACCAUGUUCAAUCAGCCUGAUGUCAAUUUUCUAAUCAGACCAAUAUAUGAUUUUUGA